GGCUGAAUCGAACAUUUCUGGCCGUAAUGGCAGCCGGCCGACUCUCCUCAACUUUCUGACACAAACGGUCCGAUCGCGUCACGUGGUGCGUGUUCCGCUCGAGAGGGGCGGGAGUUUCGGAGCCAAACUCUCGGGCUGAUUGGCCGUCAGCGGCGCUCGUAAGGCCGCAGGGCGCUGUGAUUGGCUCGCACGGCGCAGACCCGCGUGCUGUCUUGACUCUUAGAUGCGCGGGCCUCGAAGACGAGCGUCAAUCUCCAUCCGUCAACACCGGCAGGAGAGAAGGAGCGGCGGGAGCAGCGGGAGCAGCGGGAGCGGCGAAACGCGAUUUUAUUUUGAAUCUUUGCAGCGUUGAAAUGUUAAUUCUGCGCUCGUGAAACAGGAGAGAGCUGCGCGCGGAGCUGCCGAACCUGUGGGCCAGAAAACGUUUCCUCCAUGUGGAUAUUUCUCGAGCUCUGGAUCUCAUUGGUUUGACUUUUAACAGGAAUUGUUUUUUAAAAGCAAAAGGAACCUGAAGAAGGAGCCGCCGCUGCCGCCGGAGGAUCCGCGCCUUUCCGCCCGUCCAGACUCCGGUCUCCCCUCCGAGCUCCGAGCAUGAUGUCUUAUCUCAAACAGGCCCCGUACGGCAUGAACGGACUGGGCCUGAGCGGGGCGGCCAUGGACCUGCUGCACCCGUCUGUGGGCUACCCAGCCAACCCGCGGAAGCAGCGCCGGGAGCGGACCACCUUCACCCGGACGCAGCUGGACAUCCUGGAGUCGCUGUUCGCCAAGACGCGCUACCCGGACAUCUUCAUGAGGGAGGAGGUGGCGCUGAAGAUCAACCUGCCGGAGUCCAGAGUGCAGGUCUGGUUUAAGAACAGACGAGCCAAGUGCCGGCAGCAGCAGCAGAGCAGCAGCAGCGCCAAGGUCAAACCAAUGAAGAAGAAGUCGUCGCCGACGAGAGAGAGCACCGGUUCGGAGAGCAGCGGCCAGUUCACCCCGCCGGCGGUGUCCAGUUCGUCCUCCUCCACGUCCUCCUCCACAUCCUCUUCCUCCUCCUCAGUCUCCUCUGGCCUCAGCGGUCCCGGUCUGAUCAGCACCGCUACCUCCGUCACCGCCCCGGUGUCGUCCAUCUGGAGCCCGGCACCCAUCUCCCCAGCCCCGGCGCCGGCCGUGCUGCCGGACUCCGCGGUCCCCACCAGCGCCUCCUGCAUGCAGCGCUCCGUGUCGUCCUCCGCCGCCGGUGGGACGCCCUCCUACCCGGUGUCUUACAGCCAAACGGCGGCGUACAGCCAGGGUUACCCGGCCUCGGCAUCAGGCUCUUACUUCAGCGGCGUGGAGUGUGGCUCGUACCUGGGGCCCAUGCACUCCCACCACCACCCGCACCACCCACACCAGCUCAGUCCCAUGACCGGCAGCUCCAUGUCAGGACACCCGCACCACCACAUCGGCCAGACGUCAGGGCACCACCACCAUCACCACCACCCGUCACACCACCACCAGGCGUACAGCGCGCCCGGCCUCACCUUCAACUCCACAGAUUGUCUGGAUUACAAAGAGCAGACGGCGGCUUCGGCCUGGAAACUCAACUUCAACGCCUCCGACUGUUUGGACUACAAAGACCAGGCCUCAUGGCGUUUCCAAGUGCUGUGACUUCCUGCGCUCCUCUUCUUCUCUGCUUACAAAGAAGUCUUCUUUUUGUUGUUGGUGGUUGAUUUCUGAAGAUCCUUUAAACUAACAGUAGAGACAUUUAAAAAGACGUUUAUUUGUGACCGAACUGAAGCCUGAAGCCUGAGCAGCAGACUCAGCCGAUCGACUCGUCCGGGAUUAUUUUUCUACUCCAGAACUCCAGGGACGCAGUUCCAUCUCUGAAAGGCCUUUAACAGUAAGACAUUAGUGGGACCCGCCAGACUGCGCAGUCUGAGAUCGGCUCAGCCAUCGAUCAGUAAACUCUGACUCGAUCUGGAUUAUCCUUCAGUGACAUGAAAACCUACUUUGACAGAAACGACAUGAAAAAGAGAAUCACACAUCAGACUCUUGAGUGGGCUUUUUCUAAAAACUGCUUUUCAAAAACACCAUGCUGCUAUGAUUUUCAGGUUGCUGAUGUUCAUUUCUAUCUGAUUUCCAACGUGAAAACUUGAAUCUGGUUCAAAAAGUGGUCGUCCAGCCCGUGGGUGUUGUAUGUUGGAGAUUGAAUUGCAGCACUUGUUUAUAAGGUGAAAGAUUUUGCUAUUUGUUUUUUUGUUUUUCUGUUGUCGUUGCUGUUUUUGCAGAGGAAAGAAAAGAAAAAUGUGAAUUAGACACGCAAUGUCAGUAUUCCAUUGAAAUUUGAGAGAUGUACAUUCGUGUCUUUAUAAUAAAGUCUUGUUAAAACACGAG